AUGUUCCGCCUCCUAGAGAGUGUUUCUGGAGUGAGUACUAGAACAGUGGGCCGAGGGUCAAUUUUUGAGCGACUCCAGGCUAAUAGAGUGAAAAUCUUUAGGGAUAUUUUUGGUGUAGCUCCGAAUGUGGCAGAAUAUUGGUUAGAGGCUAUCGAAGGAAUAAUGGAUGAUCUUGACUGUACUGUGGAACAGAAGUUAAAAGGAGCAAUGUCUUUAUUGCGAGAUGAGGCCUACCAAUGGUGGCUCACUGGGAGUAAGAUAGUGGCAGAGUACGAGGCAGAGUUUCUACGGCUAAGUCGUUAUACACGUGGUAUAGUAGCGACUGAGUAUCAACACUGUGUGCAUUUCGAGGAUGGCCUCCAAGAUGAGUUGCAUGUGCUGAUAGCUCCACAGAAGGAGCAAGACUUUGCUAUCCGUAUUGAAAAGGCAAAAAUUGCCGAGGAUGUAAAGCACUCAGAGCGCCAGAACCGUGAAAAAGAUAGGGGCAGAAAUAAGAGGGAUUUUAGGCCCUUGAGUUCUUUUAGUGGGCCUAAGAAGAAGCCUAGAUUUGAUGGGCCAGUCCGAGCUGGGGUUCCUGUUGUUACUGCUAGACUGCAGCCUUACAUUGAUUGUGGGAGAGCUCACCAGGGUGAGUGCUGGAAAAGAACUGGGGCAUGCUUCAGAUGUGGGUCUAUGGAUCAUCAGGUUAGGAAUUGUACUCAGAGGCCUGUUCAGAUGCAAGCUGCAGGUCAGGGCCAUGUUCAGCUAGGGAGAGGUGGUCAGCAGCCACUAAGAGGCCGUGGUCAGGCCAGAGGUGGAAACAGUUUUGGACGAGGUCGUGGAACAUCAGGCCGAGGUGUUGGUAGCACUGAGGGAAGGCAGCCUGGACUGGUCUAUGCUGUUCAUCGUCGAGAAGAUAGUGACACUCCUAAUGUCAUAACGGGUACGUUCCUAAUUUAUAAUGUACCAUACACUGCCUUAAUUGAUAUUGGGUCUACACACUCGUAUGUUACAUGCACAGUUUCUAGUGAGAUAACUGUGUUAAGUCCACUGGGACAGUCAGUUAGGAUAAAUAAGUUAUUUAGAGAUAUGCCCCUGAAGGUUCAAGGAGUAGUCUUUCUGGCAGAUUUGAUGGAAUUACCGUUUGGUGAAUUCGACCUUAUAUUGGGUAUAGAUUGGCUAGUGAAACACUGUGCAAGUUUGGAUAGUCCUGCUAAGCGUAUGGUGUUGAGGAUUCUGAGGGUGAGGAGGUGGUCAUGA